GUGUCAGUCGUUGAGCCCCAGCUGCUGGUCCGGCUCGUGGACUUGGACUCAGCUGACCCAGUUCCACAGGCGUUUUGUGCCGCCAACGAGCAAGGAGUACCACCUCACCUUCCAAAGAGGGGGUCGAUUGGUGGGUCAGGGUAGCGACACCUUGUCCAAGUAUACACUGACGGCCGGCAGCUAUCGGGAGAAUGGCGAGCUGAGUUGGCGUGAAGUCCCACAAAGCGCAGCCGGUCUCGCGCUC